AUGGCUACAAGUGGAAAUGUUGACCCACAACAGUAUACACGUGUAUCGGAUAUUGUUAAAGAACCGCAAACGAUGCUCAUGCCAAUUGAAGGGUAUGAAGAAAUGCCAAUAGUGCCACUGGAGGAAGCAGUUGUACCACUUGUUUCGAUUGUACCUAAAAUUCAAAAUUUUGUUUAUGUUGCGAAACAGCGAUCUAAAUCCGUACCUGCCGAUAAUUUAACACAGGAUGAAUCAGCUUCAAUCAUGCUCUACUCAAUGGACUGGGAACCACAGGAAAAAUGUUUAUAUUUUGCCCUAAAUGCAACUCUUCGCACUGAAGAUAGGAAAAAAUUAAAACCGUGGUUCUCGUAUUUGAAACUUAUUCUUACAGCACUCGAAAAAUUACCAUCCACACGAUGUCAUGUGUUUCGUGGAGUGAAUUUAGAUCUAUCUAAUCAAUAUACUAAAGGAAAAGAAUUUGUCUGGUGGGGAUUUUCUUCAUGUACAACAACUAUAGAAGUACUCGAGGACGAACAAUUUUUAGGCAAAACUGGCGAAAGAACAAUGUUUACUAUCGAAUGUGAUAGUGGCAAAGAUAUCAGUCGUCAUUCGUAUUAUCAAUCGGAAAAAGAAGUUCUUCUUCUGGCUGCUCGACAAUUUAUUGUAGUAUCUUGUCUUCGAGCAGCACCAGGCCUUCAUAUGAUUCAAUUAAAAGAGACAAAGCCUCCAAUUACUCUUUUACAACCGGUUACGAUUGAGUCUGCGCAGAUUAAACCAACACCGAAUUUUUAUCAAUCAAAUCAUUUCACAGAUAGUACACCGACUAUAUCAAAGAAUCCAAUAAUAACAGAUCCAAUAUUAACUCAAUCUCAAAUAAAACAAGAAGACAUUCAAAGAAAAAAGAGUAAAUUUCAACAAUUUGGAAUUACUGUUGCUGGAGGAAAUGGCAGUAACUCAGUUUAUAUUGCUGAUUCUCGCAAUCAUCGUAUUGUUAAAUGGAAAUUUAAUUCAAAUAUUGGUCAAAUCAUCGCAGGUGGAAAUGGAAAAGGAAAUCAAAGUAAUCAAUUGGAUUAUCCAAGAGAUAUAAUUUUUGAUAGAAAAAAUUAUUCUUUUGUUAUUGCUGAUUAUGGAAACAAACGAGUAAUUCGAUAUUCUGAUCGAACUGAAACAUAUGAACAAAUUCUUAUUUCAAAUAUUAACUGCUGGGGUCUGACAAUCGAUAAAAAUGGAUUUAUUUAUGUUUCUGAUUGUGUGAAUAAUGAAGUAAGACGAUGGAAAGAAGGAGAUAAACAAGGUGAAUUAGUUGCUGGUGGAAAUGGUAAAGGAAAUCAUCUUAAACAACUGAACUUCCCUGCUAAUAUCUUUAUUGAUGAAGAUUAUUCUCUUUAUAUAUCAGAUCUUUCGAAUCAUCGUGUCAUGAAAUGGAAAAAAGAUGCAAAAGAAGGAAUUAUUGUUGCUGGUGGAAAUGGUCAAGGAAAUAGUCUUAAACAAUUGUAUCAUCCUCGAGGAGUGAUUGUUGAUCAUUUGGGUCAAAUCUAUGUAGCAGAUGCUUG